GUGUUUACCCACAGAUGGCCUCUCGGUAGUGGGAGUGUGAUAGUCCGCUGUUCCCCCUCCUGAGUCCAGCUGGCAUUACUCACGCGGGACUCUUCCUGGCCAAAACAUUACCUCAUCACUUCUUCUUCAACAUAAUCAUUUGCCUCUCGCCAUUGAACACUUGGGCCUGAAACCUUGACAGCCGCCAAACCAGUUUGGAAUUGUGUGUCAGCGCCCAGCUGGAUGAUGACCAUUCUCACUGUAGUGUGAGGAACUGGAUAACCUCCACCUAUACUGUCCGUAUAAGGACUUCCUGUAUGCUGUUGUGGGAAGCCGCCAUCUUGGUGCCAACUAAUAGUCCUCUCCAGUCCAUCUCCACACUGUGUUGGCAGAACUGUUAGUUGAGGAUUACCUGAAUAAUUUAAUGUCCCAUGAGAUGCGAGAAAUCCUUGGUUGAAGUUUUCUUUGACAGUGAAAUUAUGAUCCUGUUGCUAAAGUGAGGUGUACUCCAAGAAGACACAUUCUCGCUGAAGAUUUGUGGUGGCCAUACUGUCACUGUGUUGGGAGUAAAAACACCAACAAAGCCCCAAAACACCCAAAGCUCGUCCUCAUUUGGAACUAUGCCCUGUCCAUCUCCUCCCUCUUCGCCCUACCUUGCUCCCCACUCAGUCUUUUUCAUUGGACUGCUGCUUCUGGUCCACUGGGGGCCCUCAGAGGUCAGUUGCCAGAAUGACACAGAGCCAAUUGUGUUGGAGGGAAAGUGUCUGGUGGUGUGCGACUCCACCCCCUCUGCAGAGCCAUCAGGUAACGCUCUGGGCAUGUCGGUGAGGUCAGGGACCGGUCGGGUGGCAUUUUCAGCCAUCCGCAACACCAACCAUGAACCCUCAGAGAUGAGCAACCGCACUAUGACCAUCUACUUUGACCAGAUCCUAGUAAACGUCGGCAGCCAUUUUGAUCCAGCGAGGAGUAUCUUCGUGGCCCCUAGAAAAGGAGUCUACAGUUUCAGCUUUCAUGUUGUCAAAGUUUACAACCGGCAAACAAUACAAGUGAGUUUGGUUCUCAACAGCUGGCCGGUGAUUUCAGCCUUCGCAGGUGAUCAGGACGUGACCAGGGAAGCUGCCACCAAUGCCGGGCUGGUGAUGAUGGAGAGAGGGGACAAGGCUUACCUGAAACUGGAGAGGGGGAACCUGAUGGGAGGGUGGAAGUACUCCACUUUCUCCGGGUUUCUGGUGUUCCCCUUGUAGAGUAGGUUGGGGAACGAUGGGAGAUCAUGUUCUUGUCAUAGUCAAGGGUAUGGAGGGCAGGGCAGGGUAUAAAAUAAAGAUUGUUUUGGGGCAAGUGUUAUUUGACAGGAGGAAGCAUCAGUGGAGACACACUGAAUGUCACGCUGUUAGUUGACCUCAAACUGCUUUGAUGCAUCUUCAUAUGUAUCAGAUGAAUGGUUGAAUUCACUCUGCACCAAAUAAUCCUGAAUGUAAUUUCCAUUUCCAUUGCACUUUUAUGGCUCACUGUUGUCUGACUACUGUAAUGUGUCAUCUAUGCUUGCUUACACCAGGUGUCAGCCUGUCAGAGGUUUGUGAUUUUCCUUUAAUGCAUGAAAUGCAGAGUAGCAAAUCUUUGUGUCAAUAAAGAAAAUUAUUGUGUUUA